AUGGACUCAGUCAACGUGGCGCUUCGGUUUCAAACGGGAGAACCAGGAUUCCCCAACGCACCUCAAACGGGGAAACCAGCAUCAUGCUUCGACGUGCUUCAAAAGGGGGAGCUGCAAGGCGGCGGCGCGCUGGCAGCGGAUUGGAGCAGCAUAAGCCGGAACGAGCUGAGCCUCAUCCAAGCAGCUCUGCAGCGCGCCGAGCACCCUGGAAUGCCACUGGGUGGCCCUGCUUUGAUCGCCGCGCAGCAAUUUCCGAGUGACUUGGAGCCUGCGUUAACCGCGGCGCACCUCGGACUGCCACUGGGUGGCUCCGCUUUGACCGCCACGGCGCAGUGGCAAGGGCUGGGUGACACCGAGCCGGCUUUAAUCGUGGGGCAUGCAGCGCUGUUGGCAACAGAGAGUGAAGGAGAGAGUUCGGCUGCAGAGACAACACCCUCUGCAGCGCUUUUUGAGGCGCCUCAAAAACCCUCUGCAGCGCUCCUGCAGGAUGGGUAUGGUGCUCUGGGGCAGCUAUCUCCAACCACCCCCCUGCUGGUUCAAAUCUCGAAUGAGACCUGCGGCAGUUCCCUUUCGCCCCUUCCUUCGCCACCCAACACCUCCCUUCCUCCCCCUGCUUGUCGCUCCUUCACCCCGCCGUCCCUUCCCCCGGUCCUCCACCCAUCAACAGCGCUGAGGGCUCGCUGCAGUCCCAGCUUUGUGCCAUCUUUUGGCACGAAGCGAAGGCUGUUAGCCGCCCAGAUUCAUGAUCUUGCGGAUAUGGAGGCUCUUCAGGUGAGGAAGAGGUUACGUGGUAACCCUACUGCCGCUGACUCUGGCCUCCCUCUUGCUGCAACUGCUGCUGCUGCUCCUCCUCCUGCUCCUCCUCCCCCUCCUGCUGCUGCUGCUACUGCUGCUAUUGCUGCAACUGCUGCUGUAUUCUCUAGCAGCAGUAUAACCAGGCACGAAGCGCCAUGGAGUGCAGAAUCAGCAGCAGUGCCUGCUGCUGUUAUGGCCGGCCCAACCUCUGCAACCUUCGUGGCAAGAAGCACACAUGCUGCAGUGCCCUCCUCCUGGACUGCUGCUGCUGCUGCCACUCCUGCUGCAACUGCUGCUGCUGCUGCAACCGCCUUCCCAAGAGACGCUGGCAUGUGCCGCACACGUCUCAGCAUGAGCCCCACACACUCUGGCCUGGACGCCACCCACCCUGACACGUUGCCCACACGUGCUGGUGUGAGCCCAACACGUGCUGGUGUGAGCCCAACACGUGCUGGUGUGAGCCCAACGUGUGCUGGUGUGAGCCCAACGUGUGCUGGUGUGAGCCCAACACGUGCUGGCGUGUGCCUGCCACAACACCCAUUGGACCAGCUUGCUGCAGCUCUCGUGAAGCCGCCGCAUCCCUUCAAGAGGGAGAGUGGGGUGGGACUUGAUGGGUGCGUGGACAGUUUUCCUCGUGCCGCUGCUGCUAUUGAUGAUGAUGCUGCUGCUGGUGCUGGUGGUGCGGCUGUUGGUGGUGAUGCUGUUGCUGCCGCUGCUUCUGCUCCAGCUGCUCCUGCAAUGCCAACCUCGUCCCUUGCACACCAGCAGAGGCAAGCAGCUAUUAGCAGUCUCUUCAGGCGACUCCAAGCGCAAUCACCUGGCAGCACCGCUCUGCACCGCUCCGUGUCUUCAGAGCUGCGUUUUGAACCGUCUCAAGGGCUGUCGCAACCGCAGCAGCACCCCCGCAGCAGCACCUCCCUAAUGCAACCAUCAGUGCAACCAGCAGCAGUGCAACCAGGGUCCUUCCAGGCACACGCGCACAAGCCUUUCCCCCCCAAGUCCUCUGGCCUCCUGCCGCGCACCCAGCAACCGUUCUCUCCAAAUUCUCCACAGAUUCAGGCAGCAGCAGCGUUUCGGUCGCCCUCAGCAGCACCCCGAGAAUCAACGCCAGGAGGAAAAACGGGCUUUAAGUCGCCCUGUGCAACCCCAUCUCCGUUGUCCCAGUCGCCAAGGGCAGGGGUGGGACGCGCAAGGGCUGUUGCAGCAGCAGCAGCAGCAGCAGCAGCAGCAGCAGCAGAAGCGAGGCAGAUCACAGGGAAGAGUGCCACAGAGAAGCAGCGGCGGUCCAGAAUAACAGAGCGGUUAGAGGCCCUCAAGGCAGCAAUACCAGCGGAGGUGCUGCUGAGGCAGCAGGGCCGGACGGGGUUCAGCAAUCGCACUCAGAUCGCCACCCUUCUGGAUGCUGCCGUGGGUUUUAUUGAGGGAAUGCGCGAAUACAAGCUGGAGCUGGAGAGGCAGCUGUUGGCCUCAUAA